AUGGAUAAUCAUGAUGAUCACGAUAAAAAUUCAGUUGAUUGUGAUGCUAACUUAACUUCACUUGAUUCGCCAAAAUCUUCUUUUCCAUUAAAAUCAAGACCAAUCACAAUCCCAUCGUCAAGAUCAUCCUCACCACAUCGUUAUUCAUCAAAUACACAUAUCAUUAAUCCAACAUCAAUCGAUUCCAACACUGAUUUAAUUAGCCCUGAAGAAAAUUUCUCUUUAAAUGACACAAAAAAAACAGAUUCUUCAUUUUAUCAAGAAUUAUCUAUUCAUGUUGAACAACCUGUUGGUAGCAUGUCUAUUUCACCAUCAAAUCGUGAUAUUGUGUUAGCAGCACGAAAAGGUCUUUUUAUUAUAGAUCUGGAAAAUCCAUAUGAACCUCCUCGUGAACUUCACCAUCUAACAAGAUGGGAGGUAGCUGAUGUACAAUGGAACCCACAUUUGGCACGUGAUACUUGGGUUGCAUCUACGUCAAAUCAAAAAGGACUUAUAUGGAACCUUGCGCGUCCCUCUUCAAGUGCAGUUGAAUAUAUUUUACAUGGCCAUAACCGUGCAAUCAGUGAUAUUAACUGGAAUCCAUUUAACCCAGAUGGAUUAGCAACUUGUUCUGUUGACACUUUCAUUCAUUUAUGGGAUUUAAGAAGACCAAAAAAGCCUGUAAGAUCAUUUUGUGCUUGGACCGCCGGUGCAACUCAAGUAAAGUUCAAUGGAAAAAAUGAAUAUAUUCUAGCAUCAUCACAUGAUAGAGAUGUUAUGAUAUGGGACACAAGAUUUUGGAAUAUUGAUGAACCUGAAGUUUGCCAAGGUUCAAUUCAUACAAAUUCACCAGUUUGGCGAGCAAGACACACACCAGUUGGUCAUGGCAUUUUGACAAUGCCUCAACGUUCUGAGAAUAAAUUAUAUUUAUGGAAUCAAUGUAAACCAAAUGAACCUGUUCAUGUUUUUGAAGAUCAUAAAGAUGUAGUCAAAGAAUUUGAUAAACAUCUGAGAUUAUGGCCCAUAACUAAUGAACAUUUGAAAUUAAUCGGCCAUGAAAAAGGCAAAUUAAAAUCUCCAUCGGAAAAAUUAUUAAAAACUGGUCAUUCCACAUUCACAUUUCGUCAUCCACCUUCAUUACUAAAUGGCCAAUCAACAUCUCCAACUUUAUCAGUAACUGCUAAUAUUUCAACUUUAAGAGUCAUCCCAGGAAAUCGUAUGAAUGCAACAACAAACAACACACUUCGACCUUCCGGUGCUUCUGCUGGUGGUGGAAACAUUCAACCAGACUAUCUUGGUGCUGCUGCUGGUAUGUGCCGUGUAGAACGUCGCUCGUUAUCACCUUUAUUAUGGAUGCAAAAUGUAAGGAUGGUUAAGCCAAGUAGUGGCGUUGGUAAGACAGAUGAAGAUACUCCACCAAAUAUGCAUGAAGAAAUCAAACUGGUUUCAAAAAAAUUCCUUAACGUUGAAUUUGAAAAGCUCAACCCACAAGGAAGGAGUUGUACCAUUAGUUUGCAUGGACCAUGGUCUGCCAGUGGUGUAGCUUUCAUUAGAAUUAAUAUAUCAUUUCCCCCUCAAUAUCCUGAUAAAUUUCCUCCAAAUUUUAAUAUUCAAAGGACAGGAAUGAUAUCUAUAAUGAAUAGAACGCAUAUGUUGCAAAAUUUAAAUAGUAUUGCUUUAUCCCAUGUAUCUCAAAAAAGACCAUGUUUAGAGGCUUGCAUACGUUAUUUGCUUGGUGAGCAACCCAAGGAAGUGGCACAAGAUCGUUAUGGAAAAGAUGAUUCAGAUGAUGAAAAUUUAUUGAAUUCAACCAGAAGAUCUUAUGAUAAAAAUUUAGUUUAUAUUUUAGGUGAUAAAGAUGACAACAAUAAUGUUCCUUUUCCAAUGUUAUGUGGAGCUCGAUUUUCUAUGAAUGGUCAACUUAUUUGCUUUUUUUCAAGUCUUAGAUCACCUGAUGCAAGCAAUCAAAUUACAUCAAUAACCUCAAGAAACAAAAUAGAUUCUAGUAUGCGUUCCCGUUACACAUAUACACAUCCACGCUCUUUUGAUUCAUGGGAACAAUAUAAAAUAAUUUCACAACUUCCACGUCCGGUGACAAGUUUUGGACAAUAUAAUUAUGAUGCAUCUUAUGAAGACGAUGAAAAUAAAGACAAUUUAUUACCAAUUAAUUCAUUGUAUUUUAAAUCAAAGAAUGAUACAUUACAUAAUGCUCUAAAUUCAACAGAUCAUGUCACAUUAUUUGAAUCGACAAAAUUGGAUAAGUCUGUUGCAGCAUGCAAUAAUCGACCUGAUUUGGAACAAGUUUGGUUGCUUGCUGCUUUAAUUCUAACACAAGCAAUUCCCACUACAAAAUUUAUUAAAAAUUCAUUUAGUAGUAACGAUAAUAUGUCCUUGUUUACUGGAAUUCAUCACCAUUAUAAUAAAUAUUCAAAUAAUAAUAGUAAAAGAAGUGAAAUUGGCGGUGAUGGGUUUGAGUCGACAACAACGAUGAUGAUGAAUGAUGGAUUAUUUAGAAAAGUUAAUUGGGGAUUUCAUCCUUUGGGCAAUAAACUUGUCAAACAUUUGUUUGAUCAUUUUAAAAAAAUUGGCGAUAUUCAAACAUUGGCUAUGUUGUCUUGUGUAUUUGAUGAACCUUUUCCACCAAAAGUUAAAUCUUCUUGGUCAUUUGAACUUCAAUCCUGGAAUUCGCCUAAUUCAACAAAUGGAACAACAUCAACCAAUACAGAUUAUUUUAAUUAUCAUACUCGUUAUCCAGAUAAAUGUUCUCCGACAGGUUAUACUAAUCGAAACCCCAUUUAUUCUGGAAAUCAAUCAAUAUACGGUGAAUCAUAUAAUUCACAUAAAGGAUCUUGGGGAACUGUUCUACAAACAGGAAAUUCACCAAAACAACUUACUUCAAGCACAACAGGUAUAUACGGACAUUCAGAAGGCUCAGGUGCAUAUAUUACAAUGCCUACACCAAACCACAAACCAAAUCAUCACCGAAGAUCUACUUUUGGUGGUCCAACCCGUGAUGGAAAUAUUUUCUCUUCUAGUUUAGGAGCAGUUACAGCAUCAUCACCUCCACGAACACCCAAAAAGGAUAGUCCAGCGAUAGGAGGUGGGGGAGGAUUUGCAGAUAAUUUUGGAUGGGGAGGAAUGGGAAGUGGUGUAAAUCACGCCAACGAAAAGAAUUUAGAUAACGAACGUAAACCAAAUGAGAUUAAUAUAACUAUGAUGAAUUAUGAAGAAUUUGAUGAUGAAAGAAGACCAAUAUUCGUACCAUUAUUAGAUAAUGAUAGAAACACAAAAGAGAUACAUGACCAAUAUCGUUUGGCAUAUUCAGAAAUUUUAUAUCAUUGGGGACUUUAUGAAGAAAGAACUGAACUUUUAAAAUUUAUGAGUUUUGUAAAAACGAAUGUAGGAAGUCCAAUAGGAGAAAGGGAGGAGCCAUUAGAAAUUGUUACGCGUUGUUAUCUGUGUGAAGCAGAAUUAAAAUCUGGUACAAAAUGUACAAAAUGUCGUGUAAUUGGUAUUAGAUGUUCAAUCUGUCAUCUAGUCGUUAAAGGAUUAUCGAAUUUUUGUGUAAAAUGUUCACAUGGUGGGCAUACAAAUCAUCUUAAUGAAUGGUUUCUUGAUGGUAAUACGGAAUGUCCAACUGGAUGCGGGUGUAUUUGUUAUUUGCAAGAUGGUGGAUUUGGAUUUGAUGAUAGAUUCUACUAA